GAUGGUGUAUAAUAAAGGCUUCUUUUAUAUAUAGACGCGCCCGAAACGAGGAUCAAGAUUUUUCACUACCUACCCCACGUCAUCUCAAAAUGGAAAUUGAAAUAAAGAAUAUGAUUCGACAGAAAAGUUGCUUUUUUCCCUUUAGAAACAACAAAUGCAGUGUGUGUGUAGGGAUUUCUCUGAAAAAUCUGAAACCUGCAGUGGGAGAGGAAAAUUAGAAAAAAACAAAAUGCAUGGAAAUAAGAGGAAAAGAGAUCUAGAUAGGAAGAUGCUUGCCAAUAAACACAAUGGAAGUCUUUCGUUUCUGGCGUAUGGAAGACCCACCGUGAAAGCGUGUGGACAAAUCAAGCCAAUGGUUAAGCAAUGUGGUCUAAUGGAAGGCGUAUCUCUUGGGAUCAGUGAUCUUCACGUUGCGCUCCUUAAAAAGGGUGAAAAAUCCUUAAUAGCGCUAAUUUUUGGAUUCAUUUUCCUAAUUGGGAAAGUUCACUGCGGGAGGGGGGGGGCAAAAAAAAUGCAUAAAGUCUGCCACAAAGCAUUAGAGGGCGGGGGCGGGGCGCUUUCACCAGAGAUUCCCGUUACUAAAAAUGGAAACAAGAAGUGGAGCAAAUAA